AUGGCCGAUCCAACCGCGACGAUAACUCCCAAGAAACGUCGCCUCGUCGACUUAGACGCCACCCCCUGCGGCCCUGCCGAGAUCCUCGCAUCGAUCGACUCGGCAUCACAGACCGGCAGCAUCGCCACCACGUCCACAAGGACAUCCGCCUCCCGCAAAUCCUCCCCUACCAAGCAGCUCAUGUCGCUCGAGCUGGCAAACGAUCCUCUUCACUUCGCCUCGCUCGACAUCUUGGAAAUUGACCCGUCUGCCGCUCCCGGCCUGAGGGACGUGUACCUCGACAUCACCGGUUUCGCAUCAGGGGUCAAUGUCAUCCCCAAGAACCACCGUGUAAUAUAA